AUUAUGGACUUGGAAAAUAAAAUUACACAAAUGCAAGAAGAGUUGAAUAAUGCACCGAUUCGAAAAACAAACAACGCUGUUGACUGGGUGCCACGUGCACCAGAAAAAUAUUCUUUAUCUGGUCACAGAAAUCCUAUUACACGUGUUACGUUUCAUCCGGUGUUUUCUGUAAUUGCAUCCGCAUCGGAAGAUACUACCGUAAAAAUUUGGGAUUAUGAGACUGGUGAUUUCGAAAGAACCCUUAAGGGGCACACCAAAGCGGUUCAAGACAUAGCUUUUGAUCCAAAAGGAAAUUUUUUAGUUUCUUGCUCGGCAGAUUUGACGAUAAAAGUGUGGGACUUGCAGAAUGAUUACAAAUGUGUUAAAACUCUUUACGGGCAUGAUCAUAGCGUUUCAUCCGUUACAUUCCUACCAUCUGGUGACAUUAUCAUUUCAACUUCUCGUGAUAAAACAAUUAAAUUCUGGGAAAUGGCAUCUGG